AAACUUUCAUUUUAACGAAAUCUUGCAAUGAAUCUGAGAAGAGACGCUUGUUUUGAAUAUUAGGAUACCAACUCCUUCUAGUAUGGCGCUAUAGAGUGUGAGUAACUGCAUAGACGUUCUACACACUCUUCUCACCUCUGAAAAGGAUACGUUAUAGCCACUUUGACGCUUACGACCGUCGAGUAAACCGGAUUCUAAGCGUCUCUCUAAUGGUUGCACGUUAUUUGGAAACCUGAAUGCUAAUUUUGCUAAUUUUUCUAAUCUCAUCUUGGUGGUAUAACCUCAACAUCCAUCUAUAAAAUUAGAGUAUGGAUACAAAAACUGUUAACAAACUCAGAGGGGAGUUACAGGAGUCACAAGCGUCUGGUAAAACUGAUGUGAUUAUAGAGUUGCUUCAGACGCUCAAAGACGAAAUGACGGCGACAGAGGAUUUAAUUAGAGUUACGAAGAUCGGUUUGGCUGUUGGUAAGCUACGCUCACAUGAUAAUAAGCAAGUUAGCGAGUUGUCGAAGGAGAUCGUUAAGAAAUGGAAGCAAGAUGUAACUAAGAAACCAAAAGCAGCUGCUCCAUCAGCAGAAUCAACAACUACACCAGCUAAACCUUCCGAGAAGCCAGACCAGCCGCGCUCAGGGAAGACAGACGGCGUCGACUUUGAAAAGCUGAAUGACAAAACGCGUGAUACUUGCCUCUCCUUACUUUAUAAUGCCAUGGUAUUCGAUUCAUCCGCUCCAUCAGAGUUGGUUAUGGAGAGAGCCUUAUCAAUAGAAUCCACCGUCUUGGACGACAACAACGGUUCAACUGGCGAGGAAUACAAGAAAAAGGUUCGCUCACUCAUGUUGAACUUGAAAGAUAAGAAAAACCCUUCACUUCGUGAAGCUGUCAUAUCUGGAGAUACCCCAGCAGCGACAUUCUGUAGAAUGUCCUCAGCUGAUAUGGCCUCAGAAGAGCGUAAACAACAAGAUAGAGCGCUCGAAUUGAGUAACCUCUUCAAAGCUCGAGGUGCAGGUCCACAACAAGCUGAAACGGAUUCAUUCAAGUGUGGUAGAUGUAAGCAAAGGAAGUGUACAUACUAUCAAAUGCAAACUAGAUCUGCUGAUGAACCAAUGACGACCUUUGUUACAUGUACUGUUUGUAAUAACAGAUGGAAAUUCUCCUGAUCGUCAUGAUUGGGAGGGUUUUUAUUUUUU